ACUGUCAGAGCAGCACGUGCGGCGGCAAGUUCUACUUUUUUUCGCGCUAGAUUGUUCGAAAGAAAAACCGGAAGCGGCGACAGCGGGAGAUUUCGGACGCUCACGAUAUACAUUGGAUUUAUAGUCGUGGUGGACAGCACUUAGUUUUGAUGUAAACAAUGGCGCUCAAAAAUUUCAUCUUGAAGAGUGUUGUGAUAUGUUUAAUUAUAGUAAUCAGUCAUAUAUGUGCGGCAGACAGAGAUCCAGAAUUAUACGAUAUAGGUGUUGGAAUCGCAGAUGUCACAGGUCCUGCAGCUGAAAUUAAUAUGAUGGGGUACGCAAAGAUGGCACAGUUGACGAAAGGCAUUCACAUUCGACAAUACAGUAGAGCAUUCAUUAUUAGCGACAACAGCUCAAGGGUUGUCAUCAUUACCAUAGAUGCUGGAAUGGUAUCUCACAUCGUCAAAGCAGAGGUCGUCAAAGCUCUUCGUGAGAAGUUUGGUGACACUUACACGGAUGACAAUGUGUUAAUAACAGCCACUCAUACUCAUGCGACUCCCGGAGGAUAUCUACAGUAUCUUUUAUAUUUGAUACCUUCUCAAGGAUUCAUUCGCCAAACUUUCUUCAGUUUAGUGCAAGGCAUCGUGAAGAGCGUGGAAAGGGCUAACAACAACUUGCAGCCAGGAUACGUUUACUGGAACGUGGGUCAAGUGAACAACGCCAGCAUCAACCGCAGCCCCACUGCCUACCUCAACAACCCCCCGGAAGAGAGAGAACGAUUUGGCAGCAAUGUUGAUAAAACAAUGUUCUUGGUAAAAUUUACAGAUGCAAAUGAAAAACCCUUGGGCAUGAUCAAUUGGUUUGCCGUGCAUCCUACCAGCAUGAACAGCUCCAAUCAUUUGAUUAGUGGUGAUAACAAAGGUGCUGCAUCCCUCAUGUUUGAAGAAGCAGUGAAUGGCUACUCAGCGCUGCCGGGGAAGGGCCCAUUCGUUGCAGCGUUUGCUCAAGCAAAUGCCGGAGAUGUCUCACCUAAUAUUUUGGGUUCCCACUGUCCAAGUGAUCCUAAUGAUGUCUGUGAUAUUGAAACUAGUACCUGUAGAAGUGGUAAAGAACGCUGCAUUGCACUGGGUCCAGGAAAAGACAUGUUUGAAAGUACAUGGAUCAUUGGCCGUAGACAGUAUGAUACGGCUAUGGCGUUAUUUGAAUCAGCUACUGAAAGACUGAGAGGACCAGUUUUGUUCAUUCAUCAGUACAUCGAUAUGUCGAACAUAGAACUCUCGGAUAACGAAACUAUAAGAAGGACUACAUGCAAACCUGCUAUGGGAUACAGUUUUGCAGCUGGAACAAUUGAUUGUCCUGGAGAAUUUGACUUUUUGCAAGGUACGACAAAGAGUUCAACGCUGUGGAACAUUGUAAUUGAUUUCAUACGUCGUCCUUCAAAAGCUUUGAAGCAAUGCCAUUUUCCAAAACCUAUUCUGCUUGCAACAGGAGAGAUGUCAUUGCCUUACAAGUGGCAACCUGACGUGGUUCCAACACAAAUUCUCAAGAUAGGAAAUUUGGCUAUUCUAGGAAUUCCUGCAGAAAUUACGACAAUGGCUGGACGAAGGUUACGAAGUUCUGUAAAAAAGGUCUUUGACGAAUCUAAUUAUCACUCAGAUGACACUAACGUCGUCAUAGCCUCUCUAAGUAAUGCGUACUCCUCUUACGUCAGCACGUACGAAGAAUACCAGGUGCAGCGCUAUGAAGGAGCAUCUACUCUAUACGGCCCUCAUACCUUGGAGGCUUACAUUCAUCAGUACGAAAUGCUGGCCGAUAACAUGCUGUUGAGGAAUGAUAUUGGGCACGACCUGCAGCCAGUAGAUCUGCUCAAUCAGCAAAUGAGCUUCAAACUCAACGUCAUGUUCGACGGAAUUCGAAGGGGCAAAAAUUUUGGAGAUGUCGCUGAAGAUGCUCAACCCGAAUACACAGUAGGUUCAACAGUUAAAGUUUCUUUCAUCAGCGGACAUCCAAGAAAUGAUAUGAUGCUUGAGAGGACAUUUCUGACAGUAGAAAGAUGGAACAAUGCCACCGAACAUUGGGACGUUAUUGCCACAGAUGGUAAUUGGGAAACAAAGUAUUAUUGGCAGCGAAAAAACACCUUGAUUGCUGACAGCCUUUCCACGAUAACCUGGGACAUUCCACUAACAACUAAACCGGGCAGAUACAGAAUACGACACUUUGGGAACUCCAAAAACAUUCUACAGAUCAUCAAGCCUUAUAUUGGAUCUUCCAGAGAAUUUAAUGUUGUCAGUUCGUAGCCCUCUUCCCAUCAUACAAAUUGCUCACAUUGAAGGAAGUGUGGAACAAGAUAUGGUUAAGAAUAAUGGUCUUCAAACUUAGUUGACUCCGGUCCCUUACCAAGAACAAAACGAAUUGUGUAGUAAUUAAAAAUAUAAAUAGGUAGCAAUCGAAAGAGCAUGAUGGAACAUUUGAUUUUUUUCCCGACACAUAAAUAAAUUAUUUUUCCUCGUCUCCCCGAUAUCGAUUUUUGAGACCUGAAAAUCUGCCGAAGUUUGAAGAAAAGUCGCCAAAUUUAAAGACUUGGCGAAGAAUGGAAGAAAUCAAGCGACUUCAACGUCUACAAGUAGAAGGACAUCCAUCUGCAAAGCUUGUAAAAGAUGUUACUCAGCUAAACUCGCUAAAUUUGGUUCUGUACUUAAAAUUUUGGCAGACUUUAAGGCAUAUUUCGAUAACGGGGAGAUGACACUAAAUAACUCAUGCUUAUAGAAUCCUUUUUCACUAUGUUCUUUCGAUUGCUACUUAUUUAGAUUUGUAGAUUAUUAAACUCUCGUAUGGUUUUCUGGUUAAAACUAUGAAUGUUUUUGUCACACAGAAAGUGUUGUAAUGAUCGAAAUAAAGGGAAAUCAUACCGAGCAAACUCGGGAGAGUAUUUUCUAGCCAUAGUCAACAAAAAAGGCGUGAUGCUGAAGCAUAUGGUUGUGAAAUAAUGCAUUGUUUAAGAAGGACUCAGGUGGAUUGUAAUGAAUUGCUGUGGCUUGCCUCACCCAAUAUUGCACCAUCUGAUUUCUUUUUAUUCCGAUCAAUGUGUGACUUGAAAAUUUUGCUGAUAUUCGAAAUACAAAAUCCAAAACUUUUGGCUCUAAAGCCAAUUGACUUUCAUCGGUCGAGGAAUAAAAAUGUGUAUACUAGAUGGCAAAAGUAGCACAAGGGAAAGGUCGUGUGGGUUAUGAAAUCCCCCCCCCUCAAACCGUCAGCAACAUUAUCCAUGUUUGUGUUCAAAUAUUCAACAAAUGAAAUGUAUACGAUUGCAGUAAUCUUUCAAUUCAUCAACUAUUUUAAAAAGUAAGUAUUUGAAAUACUCUCUACUUCCUUUCAUUGCCUUUGAAAUUAAUUAGUGACGUUUAUGUCCUACUGUGUGCCUUAUUCCUGACCAAUUUGAUGCUUUUUAUAAACAACUAGACAGUAUCAGAAACUAUUCACACGCAAAACCCCCUAUUCUCCUUCAUGCCCCCAUCCACCCACCCCCUAAACUGGUAGUCUGUACCGCCCCUGUAUGUACCAAAAACAAUCCAAGUGAGUUAAAAUAUACAAUUGGAAAAAGAAGAUUUAUUUACAAAACUGAAAUUUGCGAUUGCAAAACGCAAUUCUCAAAAGUGUUUUCGCUUGUUUCAACUACGAGUAUAUAUUGCGAUCCAGGUGUUUGUAUAAGGUCCUAAAUAUUGCAAUCAUGAUCUUUAUGAAGCUCUUCUUCUAUACUUUUUUGUCAUUGAAAAUAUUUUCAUUCACAUUUCAUUGUUGUGUUAAUAUAUAUGUUACAAUGUACAUACAACGUAGUGAUAGAUGCAUAUAUGUUUUUUACAAACGCAUAAUAUUUAUGAUUUCGUAUUUGAACUUAGUAUAUUUUAAAUUUGUUAGCUCGCCAAAUGUAAAAAAUCGACAAUAUUUAUUUAACUUGUAAUAUUCAUACGGUACUACUUUCUACUGUGGCGUUAAACAAAAUUAUUGAAAUAUAAAGUUUUCAAAGUACUUUUAAGUGUUUCGUGAUAGUCUGUGAUAAAAAUAAAAUGUUU